AUGGCAACUUCUUCUUCUCCCUCGUCCACGGCGAUCCAGAUACCUCCACCGGCCGCCACCAAGGACGUUGACGACGACGGUGAGAUAACAGCCCCCGACACGGUACCACCGCCAAUGCCAACCCCUACCAUGGACAGGGUCAUGUCAAGCGUGACAAACCUUGCGCAGCUCCUGCCGACUGGCACGGUGCUGGCGUACCAGGCGCUAAGCCCAUCCUUCACCAACCACGGCAAGUGCGAGACCUCCAACCAGUGGCUCACCGUGGCGCUGGUCGCCAUCCUCACCGUCAUGUGCCUCUUCUUCUCCUUUACCGACAGCAUCGUCGGCCAUGACGGAAAGCUCUACUACGGCGUAGCCACGCCGCGUGGCUUCAACGUGUUCGACUUCUCCAGGGAGGACGAGAGCCGUGAGUGGAGCAGGGACCAGCUCCGGAGUCUCCAUCUCCGACCGCUGGACUUCGUGCACUCCUUCUUCGCGGCUGUGCUUUUCCUCACGGUGGCGUUCAGUGACGUGGGGCUGCAGAACUGCUUCUUCCCAGACGCCAGCAGGAACGCCCAGGAGCUGCUCAAGAACCUGCCACUCGGCAUGGCCUUUCUAUCCACCGUUGUGUUCACCAUCUUCCCCACCAAAAGGAAGGGAGUCGGAUUCAGCGACUCCACUCCUCGCCCGAAGGUAGCGCAGACCACCAGAAGGCGGAAAACCGAGGGUACGUCUUCGCACGGUGCCGUGCUCUCUCAUAUCCUCUUCUCCAACGGUCCAAAGCGGCACGAGGCGGCCGCCGAGAUCCGCGAGGGCGCGCGCGGCCGGAGAGGGUCUGGGCGUGUUCCGGCUACAGGCGAGCGGCGCGUGGGGGUAUCGGGUGGUGCGGCGGAUGCGCACGGGCACGCACUGGGUGGCGGGGCGGACGCGCACCUCGACGACGACGACGACCGCAGGCGCUCCUUGACUCGGCGCCGACAAGAUCGACGGGAUCAAGCGCCUCCUCACCGCCCUCGUCGAAACCAGGUGGUCAAGAGAGAACGUGGCGGCGCGGUGGCCGGAGAUGAAGAAGCUCGUCUUGCUUCGCAGCUAACUACUAGGAUGCAUAAAAUGCCUUUCAAUCAAUGUAACCAAAAUUGGUUGAACUGGACCGAUUCACAUGGACUAGCUCCGUCCCAGCGCAUCUCUGUUCGUCAGCGGCCCCGGCGGCUCGCUGUGCUGCACCCCUCCCCUUGCAUGUUGAACGGCCAAGGACCCAAGCUGCCAUGCCGUGCUCCUUCUGUCGCGGUCAGGCAACCAUCGCGCUGCCGCGAGCUUCCACAACAUACCGAGGUAGCCAAGCAGCACUGCCUUGCCGGCCGUGGUCACCGUGAGCGCCAACGUCGACACCCGUGGCACCGCCCAUGAGCUCCCACAACACGCCGAGCCGCCGAGGCAGCAGGGCUACCCCGCGAAGGAGACCACCACGACAGUCGAGAGCUUCCACAUAACACCGAGAUCGGGGCUCCGGCCCGUGCAGCGGUGCAGGUCGUCGCCGUGAUUUCGUCGGGCCUGGGAGAGGUGAGAGACGGGAUUAGGUUGGGGAUUGCAGGGGCAUUUUCGACAUUUCUCUAUGGGUCCAUCUUGUCAGGGGCAAAUCAUCAAGAUUUCGGCAAACCAUUAAUGAAGUCGAAAAUGAGGGCAAAUCCUCAAAGUGCAAAGAAAUAUGUGGCAAAUCCUCAAAUUCCCCAAAUAUAUAAUGCAUAUGGAGAUGUGUUGUUUCACAUGGUGUAUGCUAGAUUUAUUUUUUCAUGCUUUUAUGUGAUCAGUUCUGUCAGAUUAAACAAGCAGAACUUGUCAUGUG